ACAAGUUUGCUCCUUUUUUGUACCCUACUUCUCUUGUUAUCCAAACAGACCAUUACUAUGCUCUUGUCCUGGAUUUGAACCCCUUCUUCGUCGUCUUGUUUCUGUUCCAUUAGCGGGAAAAUUUCUUUUUAGUUUCUGGGAAAGUCUGUAAAGCUAAAGCCUGAGCGAUGGUAAUUCCAAAACUUUGAGUUUAGUGCCAGGGAAAGCUAUCGCCAUGGAAGGAGGGAAAGGCGUUGCAGAGAAGAAAGGAUCAAACGAAGUCGUAGUGAAGAUUCUGGGUAGCGACGAAGCUUUUGUCGGAAACAAAGAAAGCAGAGAUUCCCAAGGCCCUGCAAUUGUCGAAAGCAGUUCUUACUCUUUUUCAAAUAAUUCCAAACUCGGGUCUUCGCCGAAAUGGGUUAGAGAUUCAAAUCUUGAGCUAACAGCGCUCGAAGAACUCGAAACAAGAGUUCAGAUGUCCGCAUUUGCCAGUUCGUCUUCUCCUAGCCCAAGUCCGAAUCUCAAUAAGCCUCCAAAGAUCCCAUCGGAGGCCUUAACUCAAAGGAAAUUGCUCGCGCGGUCGGCGUUCUCCAAGCCCAAGUCGAGAUUGGUGGAACCAGCGUAUGCUGGAGAUACCAAUUUGGCUGCGAGGAAGGCGGAUGCAAGUUCUUCCAAUCGGAACUCGCCGAAUGUCGUCUCCCCAAUUCAUAAAGUGAGUGUUACUCCUCCACGGGAUAACUUGAAAUCAUUACCAGUCACACCCAAAACUCCGUUGAUCGGAUCGCCAGGAGCGAAGGAGGAAGAUGAUGAGGAAGUGUACAAGUCGGCCAAUCUGAAAGUGGGCGAGAAAAACGGUAAGAAGCUGAAAAUGAUGGUUUUGGUUGAGUGGGUUGCAUUUGUGUGCAUCAUGGGGUUUUUGAUGGCUAGCUUAACUGUUCAUAGAUUGCAAAACAGUGCUCUUUGGGGUCUGGAACUGUGGAAAUGGGGUGUGCUGUUCUUGGUAGUCUUCUGUGGUGGAUUGCUCACUGGAUGGCUCAUUAAUGUUUUGGUUUUUUUGAUUGAAAAGAACUUCUUGUUUAAAAAGAAGGUUUUGUAUUUUGUGUACGGAUUGAAGAGGAAUGUUAAGGUUUUUAUUUGGUUGAGUUUGGUUCUACUUGCAUGGGUUUUGCUGUUCAGGGGAGUAAAAAGAUCCAAAGAAACUUCUCGGGCUCUGAAUUAUAUUACUAGGGCUCUUGCUGCUUGCCUUAUUGGUGUAGCUAUAUGGCUUGUGAAGAAUCUGUUGGUGAAGUUACUGGCUAUUUCUUUCCAAAGCACAAGAUUCUUUGAUCGGAUUCAAGAAUCGAUAUUUCAUCAAUAUGUUCUUAGGACCCUUUCGGGGCCUCCGUUGAUGGAGAUGGCAGAAAGAGUUGGGGGCUCAUCAAGCACCGGGCAUUUGAGUUUCCGGAAUUUGAAGGAAGAAAAAGAUGAGGGAAAAGAAGGGGGGAAAGAAGAGGUGAUUGAUGUAGAAAAGCUAAAAAAAAUGAAGCAAGAUAAAGUUUCUGCUUGGACAAUGAAAGGGUUGAUUAAUGUCAUACGCAGUUCUGGACUGUCUACCGUCUCAAACACACUUGAAAGUCUUGAUGAUGAUGAGUGUGAGCAGAAGGAUGAGGAAAUUACAAGCGAGUGGGAAGCAAAGGCUGCUGCUUAUCGGAUUUUCAAUAAUGUGGCAAAGCAUGGAAGCAAGUACAUUGAUGAGGAGGACCUCUUGCGAUUCAUGAAAAAGGAGGAGGUGGAUAAUGUGCUUCCACUCAUCCAAGGAGCAGCAGAAACUGGAAAGAUCAAAAGAAAAGAUUUAAAGAACUGGUUGAUGAAUGUUUACAAAGAGCGCAAAUCAUUGGCACAUUCCUUGAAUGACACUAAAACUGCCAUAGAUGAGCUGAACAAACUUGUUUCAGUGGUUGUGGUUGUUGUGACCCUUAUUGUAUGGUUACUUUUGAUGGGAUUUUUAACAACGCAAGUACUUCUCCUCAUUUCAUCUCAACUUCUACUUGUCGCGUUUAUGUUUGGUAACUCUGCCAAGACUGUGUUUGAAGCCAUCAUAUUUGUAUUUGUUAUGCACCCCUUUGAUGUAGGGGACCGUUGUGUUGUUGAUGGAGUACAGAUGGUCGUUGAAGAGAUGAACAUUUUGACGACAGUCUUCUUGAGAUAUGACAAUGAGAAAAUAUUCUAUCCAAAUCCAGUUCUGGCUACCAAACCCAUCAGCAACUUUUACAGGAGCCCAGAAAUGAGUGAUUCUGUUGAAUUUGCUAUUGAUGUUUCUACUUCAGUUCAGGUUAUUGGAGCCCUAAAAGAAAGAAUAAAAGCGUACUUGGAGAGCAAGCCUCAUCUCUGGCGUCCUGGCCACAAUCUGGUGGUUAAGGAGAUUGAGGAGUUAAACAAGAUGAAAAUGGCUCUCUACAUUACGCACACCAUAAACUUUCAGAACUAUGGCGAUAGGAACAGCCGGAGAUCCGAACUUGUCUUAGAGCUGAAGAAAAUUUUUGAAGACCUUGGUAUUAAAUAUCAUUUGCUGCCUCAAGAAGUACAUCUCAGAUAUGUUGGAUCAGUGGCCCCAGCAUUUCAACCUGUGCGGUGAUGACCUCUCUGCAUUGAUAAAAAAAAACAUUCCUCUGCUGCAAGUACGUCUGUUCUUCUCUGAUUUUAUCAACUUUGUGCGCAUGAUUGCUUGCAUUAGAGUUUCAAAAACUUGUCAAUCUCUAUGUUAAUGAUGAUGUAUCACCAAUAACAUGAACUGACAACUUAUUUUGUAAGACCUUUGUAGUAAGUUUAACAUUUCUCAACUUGAAAUAUCUUCACUAACAGUUUCGGAUGAGUUUACUUGUAAGUUUGUAACUUUGAAUAUUUCACUCGUUUGUUGAGAACGGGUGUAAAUGCAUGUGGAGGAUGCCUAGAGUUUCAUUGGAUUUUA